AGUCCUGCUACUGGCCUCACUGUCCGCUUGAUCCAAGAUCAUAAGGGAGCACCAAUCACUGAUAUGGACAUUGCUUCACAUAAGAACGAUCAUCCAUCAUUCAAUUCUCCCAGAUUGUGGCUUAUUGCGAGCGCUGAUCGUAGGGUUAGCGUAUGGAAGGCAGAUUGGUCGAAGGAUUUCUGCGAGCUUGUUGAUUGGUUAACUUUUCCCGCUCCAAAUAUAACACCUGAAGGAAUUGCUUUGAAAAAAGACGAUGCGUCUGCGUAUUUGCAUCUACCGCCAAGUUUGGCAAGAUUCUCGCCAACAGAGCCCGAUGUUAUUGUGUACAGUGGUUAUGGUCUGAGAAAACUGAUACAAUUCUACAGCUUGUCCCAGAGAAAGGUUUUUCGAACUAUUUUGUUGACACAAUGGGCUUCUUGCUUGGAAAUAUCGCCUAAGGGUCAUUUAAUUGCUGUUGGAACCAAAGAUCGACUAGUGAAAGUAAUUGAUUAUGAUAAAGGUAGCUUUCAAGAUUUCGAUAUGCAUUGUGACUCUAUUAGCCAUGUGACAUUUUCUCCGACCGGAGAUAAACUGUUUUCCGUUGGUUUUUCGGAUGUUGCUUUGUGGAAGGUGUUGAUAUAGAGAGACGUCCUUAUUACACAAUCUUGGCAAAACAAUAUAAAGUCGAAGGCUGGUGCGCUAUAGUCUAUGACCCGUCAAUUUAAAAACUCGACAUUUUAUCGGCUUAUUGAGAGCAAUAGAGAGAUAUGCGUAAAAUAUAAAAUGUAUAAUACAUUCUUAUUUAUGAAAGGAAAGUAAAACCAGCAAAA